UUUUAUCACCCUGACUGAAGUACCCUCCCAAGCCUCCCAAGCCAGUACCCAAGACUCUGACCCCAUGGAAGGGACCUCAGCAGCUGCAAAUUCCUCAAGCCUCCCUCCUCCAUCCCGAAGGUUAUCACAGAUAAGGCGUCGUAAGAAGAGAACGCGAGACGAGAUGUUUUCUGAAAUUAUGGAAUCCAGCCGCAGUGACAGAGCUCAUCUGAAUGAGUGGAAGGAAACAGUUUCAAAGUAUAGGAAAGAAGUCAGUGAACGUGAGGACAGGAGGGACCAACGUGAGGACAUGAGGGACCAACGUGAGGAGAGGAGGGACCAACGUGAGGAGAGGAGGGACGCUCGAGAUGAGAGGUGGCGGCAGGAAGACCAGAGGAUGAAGGAUGCAACGCUGGGGCUGCUGCGUGAGCAAACAGACAUUCUCCGGCGUCUGGUGGAGGUUCAGGAACGGCUGCUGGAAAACAGACUGCCGCUUCAGCCCCUGUUCCACCCUCCCCCCUCCCCAUGUUCCGUAUCCUCCUCACCCAGACGUGUAAGAACGCGGGGGGGGAGGCUCCGUAUACCUUCCCAUUCCACCCCAGUAGACAGCCCAAGCAAAAGGCUGUCAUUUUUUUAACCUUUUCUUUGUGGCUUUUUCCUUCCCA